CACCUCUCAACUCCACUUGAUACCUAUCAUCUAGAUCCGACUCUUCCGAGUAUCCUAUCAACACAACACAAACACAGAAUGUCAGCUUCAGAUUACUACGGCGGUAGCGGUAACUCUGGCUACGGCCAGCAGCAGCAGGGUUAUGGCCAGCAGGGCGGCCAUCCCCAACAGCAAAACUAUGGCCAACCUCAGUAUGCUCAGCAGCAGCAAGGCUAUGGUCAGCAGCAGGGUGGUUAUCCCCAGCAGCAGCAACAAUAUUCCCAGCCUCAGCAGGGCUACGGUGCCCCCUCUCCCGCCCCCGGAGGUUAUCAGCAGCAGCCUCAGUACGCUUCGCACUCUCCUCAGCCCGGCUACGGUUCUCCCCAUCCUCCUCCCGGCCAGCAGGGCUACGGCCAGCAACCCAACUAUGACCAGCGCGGCACUUCCCCAUACCCUCAGCAGCAUGGCCAACCCGGCUCUCAGUACGGCGCUCCCGCCUAUCCCGGCGGCGGUGCUCCAGGCCAAUACCCUCCCGGCCAGCCCGGCCCUGACGGCGACCGUGGUCUCGGCGCUACUCUUGUCGGUGGAGGAGCUGCAGCUUGGGCCGCUCACAGCGCCGGCGGCGGAUUCCUCGGCAGCCUGGGCGCUGCCGCUGCGGGUGCCGUUGGCGCCAACGUGCUAGAGAACAAGUUCAAGAAGCACAAGAAGAACAAGAAGAACAAGAAGCACCGCACUCGCGGCGUCGAUGGAAGCUCGAGCAGCAGCAGCGACUCUGACUAAUGACCUAGAACGGAUGAUGAAUGGAGUUUGGCGUUGGAAUCGUAGAUAGCUAGCUUUGGUUAUUUUUGAGUAUUCUUUCAACUGAAUACUGGUCCAUACU